AAGGGCUUUUUGCGGUGAACAGACUCCCUUUCGGAGUAGCGUCUGCGCCCGCGUUGUUCCAGCGCAUUAUGGACAACAUACUUAAAGGACUACCGGGUGUCAUAUGCUACCUUGACGAUAUUCUCGUCACGGGAGCAACCGCUGAAGAACACCUCAGGAACCUUGAAGCCGUGUUUUGUACACUUCAGCAGAAAGGUGUUCGCGUCAAGCGUGAAAAAUGUGAAUUUUUCAAAGAAAGCCUGCAGUAUCUGGGGCACAUUAUCAGCGAGACCGGCGUCAAGCCAAGCGAGGAAAAAGUUCAAGCGUUGCUGCAUGCCCCAGCGCCUACUAACAUCGCACAGUUGCGUUCACUGCUUGGACUGAUAAAUUACUAUGGAAAAUUCACGCCACGGCUAGCAACGCUGGCAAAGCCUUUCUACAGGUUACUACAGAAGGAUGCCCCCUGGUGCUGGAAUCGGAAAUGUCAAGAUGCCUUCCAAGCCAUCAAGGAAAUCUUGUCUUCGACGGAGGUGCUGGCACACUACGACCCGGCACGCCCGCUGCAGCUAUCCUGCGAUGCGUCUGCGUAUGGUCUCGGCGCUGUGCUGUCGCACGUCAUGAAAGAUGGCACGGUAAGGCCAAUUGCCUACGCUUCCCGAACAUUAUCAAAGGCUGAGGAAAACUAUAGCCAGAUUGAAAAGGAGGCGCUCGCCCUAAUCUUUGGCGUCAAGAAAUUCCGCUUCUACAUUUAUGGUCGGGAGUUUACGUUGAUUACUGAUCAUAAACCUUUGCAAGCGAUCCUUGGGCCAAAGAGUGGGAUCCCGGCAAUAGCCGCCGCAAGACUGCAGAGGUGGGCGGUAACUCUGUCAGCCUACAAGUAUAAACUUGCCUACAGGACGUCCGCAGAGAACGCGGACGCGGACUGUUUUUCACGACUUCCGUUGCAGUCCACAGAAGUAGACGACAGUCACGACGAGACGUUUUAUACGCUGCGAUUGGCAUCUCUACCAGUCACCAGUAGGGACAUCGCGCGUCAUACAGAGCGUGAUCCCGUCCUCAGCUUGGUCGUAGACUUCACCAAGAAGGGAUGGCCAUCACAUCUUGAUGAUAAAGUGUUGAAGCCCUAUUUUGACAGACGCAGGGAACUCACAGUCCACGAGCGGUGCCUGAUGCAUGGAAUGAGAGUCGUCGUGCCCCCGAAACUUCAACAGCUGGUCCUGGAGGAGCUACACCAGGGACACCCAGGAAUAGUGCGGAGCAAAGCACUCGCCCGAAGCUACGUAUGGUGGCCCUCCUUGGAAACGGACUUGGAGAACCAAGAGCGGCCCCACAUGGUUCCACGCAACAGUACUGCAGCGGACGGGACCAGUGUCCUACGUGGUCAAGGUGCGGACACCGGAUGGACUCCGUACUUGGAGGCGACACAAGGACCACCUGCGCUCAGCGUCUACUGCAGUGACAGCGCCGUCCCUUGUGGGGGAGGACGAUACCGACACCAUCUAUCCUGCGUCUGAAGCCGACGUACCACCUCCGUCUACUGUCUCCGCAAGACAAACGGUGCCCGUCACCCCCACUAACGCUGCGCCUCGGCGAUACCCACAACGCCAGAGAAGACCCCCCGAUCGCUAUGAAGCCUCAUGACGUUCCAAAUUGCGGUGGAGGAAGUGCUAGAGGCCGCUGCCGUUGCUAUCAGCAGUACGCGUAGUACUGACGUCACCGGGCGCUCUAUAAGAAGAGCACCGUCAUACGCGCAGCCAGAUCGCUGCCGGCCUCUGCGGAAAUAAAGCUGUUUCGCAGUC